GUUUCUGAAUAGUGUUUCUAUGAGCUUGCUGUUCAAUCUAUCUGUUGUUCAGAAUGGCGAAGAACCCUAAUUUCCCAGAAGCAGGGAAUCUGCCUACAGGCUACGCUCACUGUAGGUCUUCAGACAACUUCCCUGGCUACCAGUAUCAUCAUCCCUCCAAGAUGAGUAACAGCCACCCGCUUCGUCCGUACACGGCGGUGGGGGAGAUUGACCACGUUCACAUUCUGUCAGAGCAUAUUGGUGCUCUAAUGAACGGGGAGGAAUACAGCGACGUUACCUUCAUUGUGGAGAAGAAGCGUUUUCCGGCACACAGAGUGAUCCUGGCUGCUAGAUGCCAUUAUUUCAGAGCAUUAUUGUAUGGAGGAAUGAGAGAAUCUCAGCCCGAAGCAGAAAUUCCUCUUCAGGACACCACUGCAGAAGCAUUUACCAUGCUGUUGAAGUAUAUUUACACUGGUCGUGCUACAUUACGAGAUGAGAAAGAGGAGGUUCUUCUUGACUUUCUAAGCCUAGCGCAUAAAUACGGAUUCCCAGAACUGGAGGAUUCCACGUCUGAGUAUCUUUGCACAAUACUUAAUAUUCAGAAUGUUUGUAUGACUUUUGAUGUUGCCAGUCUUUAUUCUCUUCCCAAAUUAACUUUUAUGUGCUGUAUGUUCAUGGAUAGAAAUGCCCAAGAGGUGCUCUCCAGUGAAGGCUUCCUGUCACUUUCUAAGACUGCUCUUCUAAGUAUUGUACUGAGAGACUCAUUUGCAGCUCCUGAAAAGGACAUUUUCCAAGCUUUGAUGAACUGGUGUAAACAUAACCCCAAGGAAAACCACGCUGAAAUCAUGCAAGCAGUACGUUUGCCACUAAUGAGUCUAACAGAGCUACUGAAUGUUGUAAGACCUUCUGGAUUGUUAUCACCUGAUGCCAUCUUAGAUGCCAUUAAGAUUCGUUCAGAGAGUCGGGACAUGGACCUCAACUACAGGGGCAUGUUAAUACCAGGGGAGAAUAUCGCAACAAUGAAAUAUGGAGCACAAGUUGUAAAAGGGGAGCUGAAGUCUGCUCUGUUGGAUGGAGAUACUCAGAACUACGACCUGGAUCACGGAUUCUCUCGCCACCCGAUCAACGAUGACUGCCGGUCCGGGAUUGAGAUUAAACUAGGCCAGCCCUCAAUAAUCAACCACAUACGAAUUCUCCUGUGGGACAGAGACAGUCGGUCUUAUUCCUACUACAUUGAGGUGUCCAUGGAUGAGCUGGACUGGAUUCGGGUUAUUGAUCACUCAAAAUACCUCUGUCGGUCCUGGCAGAACCUGUAUUUUCCUGCCCGUGUCUGCAGGUAUAUUCGAAUUGUUGGAACCCACAACACAGUGAACAAAGUUUUCCAUAUUGUGGCAUUUGAAUGCAUGUUCACGAACAAAUCUUUUACUCUUGAGAAAGGUCUGAUAGUUCCCACUGAAAAUGUAGCAACAAUUGCAGACUGUGCCAGUGUGAUUGAGGGUGUAAGUCGCAGUCGCAAUGCCUUAUUGAAUGGAGACACAAAAAACUAUGACUGGGAUUCUGGAUACACAUGCCACCAGCUUGGGAGUGGAGCUAUUGUAGUGCAGCUGGCACAGCCCUACAUGAUUGGAUCAAUACGGUUGUUACUUUGGGACUGUGACGAUCGGAGCUACAGCUACUACAUUGAGGUUUCAACGAAUCAGCAACAGUGGACCAUGGUGGUGGAUCGCACAAAAAUUUCCUGCAAAUCCUGGCAAACAAUCACUUUUGAUAAACAGCCUGCAUCUUUUAUCAGAAUAGUUGGAACUCGCAACACAGCUAAUGAGGUGUUUCACUGUGUGCAUUUUGAGUGCCCAGCACAAAACAGUACCCACAAGGACGAGAGUAGUAAGGAAGUAGCAACAACAGAGGUGGGGACUGGUGGACAGUAG